AUGGCCACCGAAUUGGAUAACAUCUUUCUGAUUGUGACAAUAGUGGAAUUCAUCAUCGGCAUGCUGGGGAAUGUGUUCAUUGGACUGGUAAACUGCUCUGAUGGGAUCAAGAAGCUAAAGGUCUUCUCAGCUGACUUCAUCCUCACCUGCUUGGCUAGCUCCACAAUUGUUCAACUGUUGGUGAUGCUGUUUAAUUCAUGUCUAAUUGGACUUAAUCCAUAUUUAUAUACCACAUAUGGAAUAGGAAAACCUGCUGGUAUGCUUUUGUACCUGAUUAAUCACUUGACAACCUGGCUUGCCACCUGCCUAAGCGUUUUCUAUUUCUUUAAGAUAGCCCACUUCCCCCACUCCCUUUUCCUCUGGCUGAGGUGGAGAAUGAACAGAGUGAUUGUUAUGCUUCUUACGCUGUCUUUGUUCUUACUGAUUUUUGAGUGUUUAUUGGUAUACAUGUUUACUGAUAUCACACUGAAUGUAACAGGUGAAAGUAAUCUGACUUUAUAUUUAGAUGAAAAUAAAACUCUCUAUGAUAAACUCUCUAUGAUAAACAUUCUUCUUAGCUUGGCCAGUUUGAUCCCCUUUUUUCUGUGCCUGGCCUCAUUGCUUUUCUUAUUUCUGUCCUUGGUGAGACACACUAGAAAUAUGAAGCUCAGCUCCUUGGGCCCUAGAGACUCCAGCACAGAGGCCCACAGGACAGCCAUGAAAAUGGUGAUGUCUUUCCUUUUCCUCUUCAUGUUUCAUUUUUUUUCCUCACAAAUGGCAAGCUGGAUAGUUUUUGUAUCAUGGAAUAACAGGUACUUAAAGUUCAUCAUGUUACCCUUAAAUGUCUUUCCCUCAUGUCACUCAUUUAUUCUCAUUCUGGGAAACAGCAAGCUGCGACAGACAGCUGUGAGGCUACUCUGGCAUCUUAGAAGCCACAUAAAAGGACCAAACCCUUCACCUUUAUAGACAGACUUUCUGGAAACUUUUCUAAGAGAAUAACUCAAUCAUGACGAUUUGGGGAUCACUUCCACUGUUUUCUUUUUUCCUACUGGGUUUCUCUAAGUAUUUUGGGACAUAACUGAAAUUUUCCCCUACCAGGCUGCUUUUGAUGACAAUUCACACAUUGCCAGUCGAUACCAUCUUAGAAGUAAUCAUUUUUGUUUGGUGCAUUGGCAAGCAGUAUUUUAGUCUCAAAUAUUAUUUCGAAAAAUCUAAAUUAUUUAAUUUUAUAUGCAAACGAUAGGUAAUCUCAACUUUUGGAGAAAAAGGUAUGUGAUUCUUUAGAAAGCAAGAUAGAUUAUAAACUUGAAUGGAUAAACGAUAUAUACAAUGUUGAUAGAAAAUCUAAUUAAAAACUAAAGUCAUAGUAGGAAAAAUAUAGCUUCGUAGCUUAAAAGCCAAGCAUUUUUUUUUUUAGACAGACUCUCACUCUGUCAUGAGGCUAAAAAGCGCAGUGGUAUUACCUUGGCUCACUA